AUAAAGAAUAUAUUUUAGUAAAUUAAAAAUAUUUCACUUUCUUACUAGAACGCGCGGUUUCGAGGUGAUCAGAAAUUGGAGGGAAUUUUGAAAAAGCGUCGCUUCGGCUCGAUUUCCAUCGCGUGACAUAAGCGCGUGGGUUAGGAUAGGAUUAAAUAAAAACAUCGAAUAAAGGUAAACCCACGCUACCCCAUUAAUCUUCCUUGAAUAUCUCUGUCAAAGAUUUACUCACGUUUCCAGAUAUAUUUGUAGAAAUAAUCCGGGGAUUAGAAUUUAUCUGACAUAAGUAGCGCAGUCUGGUGCGUGCGAUUUGCUGCCGACUACCGCACAGUUGGAAAUGGGAUUUUUUUCGGCGAAAGAACGAGUUACCACGCGAUACGUGACCGCGAUAUUAAGGUUAAUCCUGGUCCGUCUGUCGAAGUCGAGUCCCACCAUAAACUCCGUCAACACGCUCACGGCGAUUAAUAAUUGAAGUGCUUUCAUCGUUGUUCGAGCGUAUAUCGAGAAGCGCGUUAAAGAAAGAUGAAUAUUAAAUCAGAGAGAGAAGGAGAAAGAGAAAGAGAUCGGAGAAAAGAGCGGGAAAGACAGACAGGCAUACCAAUGACGACGGAUUUAGACACGAAAUACGAGAAAGAACGAAGACAAAAAAUCGAAGAAAUAAACGGAUAGAGAAAGAGACAGACAAACAGACACGAUUUCUGCAUUUUCAUCGGCUGAAAAAGAAAAAAAUAAAUAUAGCGAACAGGGAAAAAAGAAUGCAAAAAGAAAAAGGAAAGUAACCAACCGGCAAUGGUGUCGAAAGAAUUGUCGACUUAUCGAUAUCAACGCUCAUCUCGAACGGUACGAUUACAGAAUUCAAUUAAAACGGUUAACAAUCAAACCAGACGACUAUCGUGAUAUCGGCUUUCGUUAUUUACACGAAUAUCUAUAAUCUGUACUAUUGACCUUUCGACAUCAAAAUGCCAGAUGAAUAGAAUCUAUAUACGAUAUAAAAGGGUUAAACGAGGGUGGUUAGUGGAGUAAUUUGGUUCGCGACUUCAAACGGAAGCAACUAUCGAAGCAUAAAGAAAAAUCGAAAAUUCGACUGCGAUGUAUCGACUAGGUUAUCUCGGUCUGCUCGCCGCGAUGGCUGUGUUGGGAGACUGUUCGUACGAUGUCUACAAGAAGUGCAACAGAAGUUGCUUGCAGAUGCGGGAGAUUAAUCGUCUACACCUACCUCUUGCUCGGGACAUGGCUUAUCUACCUGAAGAAGAUUAUAUCGAGGAACGUGUACGAAAGGAAGAGCAAUCUUUCGAUAGAAAUAAUCGUAAUUUAUUACCGGAAUAUCGUAGUCUUUGUGAAACCGUUACCAAAAAAGUACAAUUAGACGACUCCGAGUACGAGUACCAACCUCCGCAUUAUCAUGAAAUUUAUUGUAAAAGUUAUUCUUUGAUAGAUAACAUUGAACAUCCUGUGAAUUUUUCGAAGCAGAAAUGUGUGGAACCCAGUUUUCAUUGCGUUCAAAGAAGUAGAAGGCUAUUGUUAAUGCGACGACGAUGGGACGGAGAGUGUUGGGAACCCUUCUCCAAACAGAUAGCCAGCGGUUGUGAUUGCAUGUGGCCCGUAUCUGUCCUCGGAGAUAUAACUGUUCAUUACUAAUUUCCACUUAGGUGAGACCAAGGUUGCGCAGAGGGUUAAAGAAUGAAACGACACCUACAACACUUUUCAACCGAUUGGUGAAAUUCACUAAAAUUCUACAGAUUAUAAAUCAUUUC